AUGCAUGCAGUCGCCGCCCCUGACGCCCGGGGCUGGCGGGCGGCGGCGAAUGAGCUGAGCUGUGCGAUGCCCACGUCCCCCAAGGCACGCAUCGAAGCGAUAUCCUUUGGGUUUUGCCCCAAUGCCCCGAGAUAUCUGUGCACCGUCCCGGCUCCAGAGUCCAGACCGGGCGGGUUCCUCAACCAGUCGACCUCCGCGCGGCGGCGCUGCGAUGCUGCUACUGUCAUGCUUUCUGGACAAUUGGCGGAUGGCUUCACAACAAUCUUUGUUGGGGAAUUGAUGGAUCGCUUUGGGCAUUUCAAACUGUGGCAUGCAGGAGGAUCUAUUUUAGUGGCAAUUUCCUUCUCGUCUGUUUUUGGUAGCUGUGUUCCUUGCAAACUUAUGGGAACUGAUUCAUCUACUUUGGAGACUGUUGGAUACAGCACAUUUGCCGCUAUUUUUAAUGUUGGUUGGGCAGUUACUCAAGUCGCUCACAUGUCUAUGGUAAACUGCAUGUCAUCAAAUCCAACUAGCCGGGUUUCACUUGUAAGCUGUCGUAAUGCCUUCACGAUGGUUGCAAAUCUUAGCCUGUAUGGCAUUGCUUUGUUGAUAUUUACUCUAUUGCAGUCAGUGAACGUACUAGUUCAGUAUCGUUGGAUUGCUUAUGUGUCCAUUUCCCUCGGAUGUUGCUUUGUUGUCAUCUUCUUGGUUGGAACCAAAGAGCCUGGAUCAAUCCGGCACUGCAUGGAUAAGAGUCUUUCCAGAAUUUCAUGGGCCUACUGGUUCAAGAAAGUAUUGUACUACCAAGUUGCUCUAGUCUACACUCUGACUAGAUUGGUGACCAAUGUUUCACAGGCAUUUCUCGCUUUCUAUGUAAUAAAUGAUUUAGAAAUGAAUCAAUACUCCAAAGCAUUGGUACCUGCUAUUAUCUACAUCUGCAGUUUGAUAGUAUCUGUAAUAUUACAGGAGACUAGAUGGUCAAGUUGGCGUCUUAAGCUUUACUUUUCAGCUGGAGCAGUGCUUUGGAUAUUGUCAGGUCUUGGAAUUGUUUUUCUACCGAGCAGAAUGCACAACCUCAUGUAUGCCAUUUCAACCAUAAUAGGAGCUGCGAAUGCACUUAUGACAGUGACAAGUAUUAGCAUGGAAGGUGUUUUAGUAGGAGAAGAUCUAAAUGGUUGUGCUUUUGUGUAUGGCUCAUUAAGUUUUGUUGACAAAGUUUCAUGUGGAGUAGCUCUGUAUGUUCUUGAGUCCUAUCAAGGAAGUACAAAGAUCAGAUCAAAUUUAGGAACAGCAUUUGGCUAUUCAGUUACAAGACUUGGCUUGGGUUUAGUUCCAGCUGUCUGUUCACUGCUUUCAGCAAUAGUAGCUUAUACCAUGGACCUCCCUGAUACUCGGCGGAGACCUUUGGUGGAGCCCCUUCUAGCAUAA